AUGGAUAAAGCUCUGAAGAAUACCCAUCUCGAUGAGAAAUCAGACAGUGUUCCUAUCACAGAACAUACAAAAAUCAGUUUCAUAAGAGAUGCUGUUGGGGCUGCCCUCACUGUUGAGUUAUCUGCCGUUGAAGACAAGCAGCUGCUGUGUCUGGAUGCCCAUGCAAGUCAAGCUACGAGGUUUCUCCACCCAAAGCAGAACCUGUCCCAGUACACAGAUGCCUUGUUCACCAGUAUACGCCACAAUGCUCUCAUCUGUAUACAGCACCAUGACAUGGCAAGCCAGUGUAUUCGAUCUCCACACCUGAUAGAGCGCCAGUUUCAGGCAUAUGUACUGAAGACUGAGUACUGUCGAGAGAUGGCCAUGAGGAUUCUCAUCGGAGAUCUGGCCAGGUGUGCAUCACGGCACCAGAGAGGGAUCAAGGUGAUGUUUGUUGUUGACAUAAAGGACCAUAUGCUGGCAGUUGUCAGGGUGACCAAGAACAACCAAUCAGCUCUUAGUGGUCUCAGGGAGUGCAGGCAUGUGAUCCACUGUCUCAUUUGUGAGGAACGUUCAGCACUCCCCUAUGUGCACACACCGAUAGAAUCACCAUACAGUAUGCUACCAUGUGAUUGUAACUCAACAAACCCCGGGAAGACAGCAGUUCUUCUGGGCCCAAUGUGGAUGGGUGAAUUAGUGGAUAUUCCUUACACCAGAAAAAUAAUCAAAACUCUGGAAGAUGAUUUGACAUCACAUCAGAAGCCAUUAAAUAGCGGCCUGCUUGAACUAUUGAGAACAUUGGUAAUAGAAGGAAUCUGCCCAGGUCCUGAGGAAUUGUCCAAAGUGGAGAAAACAGAAUUGAUAUGUGGAAACCCCACAGAAGAUGGAGAUAGUGAACUGAAGAAUGGUACAGUGCCUUGUGAUCAGUCAGCAGAAACAGUUGCAAUAGGUCUUGUUUCACCAAGUAAUAAUAGAUCUAGUAUUCAUGGACAAAGUUGUGAAACUGUGUCUAAUAAUACAAUAAAUUCUGAUAUACAAACAGGUGUUGAUUGUAAAAUACCUGACUAUGAUGUUCUUAACCCAGAUGCAGGUACCAGUAAUUCCUGUGAUAAAGAUGGAAAUCGUGUUCAACGUAAAAGAGAUGAGGAGCAUGCUGAAAAUUACAGCUUGAAUGAAGCAGGCAGCUCUGAGAAGAAAUCAAAGCUUGAAGGUGGUGGUAAUGUCACAGACACAGCAGAUAAAGACCUUGUAGAGUACAAACCAAUGCCCCUCUUCUAUUAUGGAAUUCACAAUAAACGGCUUCCAAAAUUUCCAAAACUUCAUCGCUUUGUGGAGUGCAUGCAGAGGUCUGGAUAUCGGGCAAGCAGGACCCACUUUGACAGCACAGCCAUCAGGACAGACGCUAAUCUGAGGCAACUUACUGAGGUCAUCCAAAAAUACAACCAAACCAAUUGAGAGUCCAUUCAACAUUCUUUCUAAUAAUUUUCUUAACGGAUGGGGAAGAUUUUUUGUUUUUUUGGGUCAGCUAGUUGAAAAAAGACACAGCAUGGUAUGGUGCAUGAUUAGGUGCACAGUUUCCCUAACCAGUGACUCAUGUAAAACUUUGUCCUCCUGUGGGUCUAGGGUUUAGUGUCUUUAUCAUGUUAACCCUAUACCACUUAGAUACAUAUUUUUAUGCCUCCGGUAGGUUGGCAUAUAGCAGUAGAACUGUCCGUCCGUCUGAACACUAGUGGUCAUAACUUUUUCAAUAUUUAACAUAGCAACUUGAUCUUUGGCAUUCAUGCGCAUCUCAUGGAGCGGCACAUUUUGAGUGGUGAAGGUGAAGGUCAUCCUUCAAGGUCAAAUGUCUAAUAUAUGGCGUCUGUCCGUCCGUCCGAAAACUUUGACAUUGGCCAUAACUUUUUCACUUUUGAUAAUAGCAACUUGAUAUUUGGCCUGCAUGUGUAUCUCCUGGAGCUGCACAUUUUGAGUGGUGAAAGAUGAAGGUCAAGGUCAUCCUUCAAGGUCAAAUGUCUAAUAUAUUGCGUCUGUCCGCCUGUCCGAAAACUUUAACAUUGGCCAUAAUUUUUUCACUAUUAAUGAUAGCAACUUGAUAUUUGGCAUGCAUGUGUAUCUCCUGGAGCCUUUUGCCGCGGUUCCAGAAACGUACAGGCGUUAAUCAAAUGUGUUAAUCCAUGUAGACGAUAGAUAACGAGAUAAAACGUUGUUGUAAAUGUAAGUUCUUUCCAAUUGGGGAUAACCGGACUGCUGGUGCUUGCGAACAUACGUCAAGAUACUUGUUGGUUAUGACUUAUGCAAUUCAAAUUUAAAUGUGUCGAUGAAAAUUUAACACUUAAGAUAUAAUCUAAAACAGUCUGUUCAUAGGGUCUUUCAGAGACAAUAAUACUGAAUUACACUGUGUUUCUACAUGUUUUUUUUCUAUUUUGUACUCGUUUACUUACUAAGGCGGCGGGUUCUAUUUAUGAAGGAAACACGACAAAAGUAACAUUAAUGAAAUCUACUCGCCAUUUCUUUUCUAAAAUAACAAUGGAAAAACAUUCAAGUUACAUUUUGUGAUAAGUUGAUAUUAUGUAUUAUACGUAUAAAUAUAUUAGGUGUUAGUAUGCUAUUUAAUUGGAACAAUACCGUUUCAAUAGUGUUUGAGUUUUGGCCAAUAUAAUGGACAAAAUAAUGGCGACAACUUUUUUUAAAUGGCGAAAUUAAGUGGCGACAACCUUUUUGGCUGGUAAUCAAGAUUUUACCCCACUUGAUACCGAUUCAAACAUUGUCUUAUUGACCAGCAUUGACAUAUACAGUAUACAGUUAACUUGCUGCUGUGGUUUUUCAUAACAAAUAUAUCUUUCUGGUUUAGUAGAUGCUGUGUUUUUAAUGUAAAUAUAAAAAUAACCGUUGUGUUUUUGUUUUCGAAUACUGUUAACUGGCUUUUAUAGUUUUUAAUAAAAAUGAAAACCAUAAA